AUGGCUGAAGCUGUAUCUGUUGCUAGGCGUGUUCUUGUGGCUUUGGACGGCAGUCAGAACGCCUUUGAUGCUUUUGAUUGGUACUUGAAGAAUGUCCACACACCAAAUGAUUACGUCAUCAUUGUGUACAGCCCUAAUAUCGCCAGUACCGUUUUCAACAUGGACUUCCUACUGCCAGCCAAUGUCUCAGCGGUGUCAGAUGCUGUGUCUACAGCCCAUGAAGCCGCCAAGGAUGUGCAGCAGCUGCUGGAGGAGAAGUUGAAACAGUCUGGGGUUCAAGGCUCUGUUCAGGUACUGGGCAGUUCCAACAUUGGACACGCUAUUGUCAAGGAGGCAGAAAAGGAGAAAGUGGCCCUUAUUGUCAUUGGCAGCCGAGGACAUGGAGUUCUGAGAAGGACCAUCCUGGGUAGCAUCUCCAGCUAUGUGGUCCACCACAGCCAUAUCCCUGUGCUGGUCCAUCCCACCAUACACCACCAGAAGGACAGGCGCCAGAGUGGAUCAGAGAAGGGACAUUAG